UCAUUGUUUUUGCAGAGUGUUCAUGCAAGACCUUUGUUCACUGAGAGCUUUGCUUUGCAUUAAUCUUGUCUGGAACUGGAAAUGUUUCAAAUCAUCCUUUUGACAGUGGCAGUCAGUUUGCAAUAUGUGCAAGUAACAUCUCAAGUAACAGAGGCAAUUAAUGAACCUACACUUAUAUCUAAACCCAAGAUUACUCAGAGUCCAUCUCACACCGUGCUGUACAGCGCAGAUAAUGUCACUCUGAAGUGUGAAGUACCUGAUGCACCAUCUGGUGUACAGUAUGACUGGUACAAGGACUCAACUCAGCUUGGAUCUCACACUGAUAAACUCAACAUCACUGAGCCUGGUGGUGGAAGUUAUCAGUGCAAAGCAAAAGUAAAUAUACUCGAGUCUGAUAGAAGUGACCCUCACACUUUAACUGUCCAAACAAUCCCAACAGCAAUAACAACUUUGGAAUCAAAGUGGGCAGAAGUCUACCUAUCUGAAAAAGUAAAUCUAAAGUGUAAGAUUCAGGGCAGUCCAGAUGCCUGGAUCUACAAAUGGUAUAGAAAUGGGGUGAGUCUAUAUGAAUCUAAUUCUCAAUUGGAGAUCCAGUCAGCAACAAUGGACCACUUUGGAGAUUAUACUUGCCAGGGAUACCUGCAAAAUAGAGUGAGCACUGAACGCAGUAAUGCUCUUACACUUAAAGUUAAUGCAAUCCCAACAGCAAGCCUGACUUUGGUAUCUAAAUGGGCAGAAGUCUACCCAUCUGAAAAGGUCAAUCUAAAGUGUGAGAUUCAGGGCAGCUCAGAGGCCUGGACCUACAAAUGGUAUAGAAAUGGGGUGAGUCUGCCAGAAUCUAAAUCUCAACUGAACAUCCAGUCAACAACAAUGGUCGACUCUGGAGAUUAUACCUGCCAGGGAUCCCUUCAAGACAGAGUAAACACUAAAUUAAGUUCUGCUCUUACAGUUACAGUUCAUGAAGAAAAGCCGAAACCAAAUGUCCAAAUGAACCCUGCAUUUGAUGUGCUAUACAAUCCAGAAACCGUAACUUUAAAUUGUAACAUCCAAAGCAUAUAUACUGAGUGGGAGUACAUUUGGUAUAAGAACUCAAAGGAAGCAGCUUCUAUCAUCUCUAGAAAAGGCUCUCACACCAUUAACUCUGUUCAGUUGUCUGACAAUGGGAUUUUCUGGUGUCAAGCAAAAAGGGACAAUUUUUAUUCAAUGCACAGCAAUCCUCUCUUUUUAAACAUAACAGAGACUCCUAAACCAAAGCUGACUGUGGAUCCUACAUGGACAGAGUUUUUCCCAUCUGAGAAAAUCACCCUGAAGUGUGGAUUUGAUGGUGGUUCUUCAGGCUGGUCCUUCCAAUGGAUUAAAGAUGGCCAUAAUUUUGAUAACCCUGAUAGCCAACCUAAGAUAAUAACAGUAAAUCUCACUGACUCCGGACAAUAUACAUGCAAAGGAAUACUUUAUAACAGACCUGUAAAUACCCAAGAAAGUAAUGCAUUUCUACUCAAAGUCAAUGAUCACUGGCCCAAGCCACUACUGAGCCAGAACCCAGAUUUCCAGGUGAUCUACACCAAAGAGCAAGUGACCUUUAAUUGUGAAGUCAAAGUGCAGUCGUCAGAAUGGGAAUACCUGUGGUUUAAUGACUCAGAACUCAUUCAUACUGACACCAGUAAAAACUAUUUCACCAUCAAGUCUGCACAAGUGACUGAUGGUAGGAAAUACUGUUGUAAAGUCAGACGGAGAGAUCUCAGCUCUGACCAAAGUGAUAUUCACACUCUAACUGUCAAAGAGCCUCCUCAAACAAAUGUGUCAAUUGAGUCUCAAUGGAAAACAUUUUACGCUACUGAAAAAGUCACUCUGAAGUGUUCAAUCAAUGGAAUUUCAGAUGAAUGGAACUAUGAAUGGUUUAAAAAUGAAACUCAUGUCUCUAAAGAUAAGGAUAUAUCCUUAAUUGGAACCACACUCUCUAUCAACUUAGCAAAAAAAAGUCAUUCUGGAUGGUAUACCUGCAGAGGGAAACAUGUGAAGAGAUUGCCAGUGACCACAAGUAAAGCAGAAGCUUUACGACUUCAAAUUUAUGAUAAGACUCCAAAACCGAAGACAGGAAAACAUCCGUCAUUUGAUUUUUUCUACACUGAGGAGCAAGUCCAGCUUGAUUGCAGUAUGCCUGGUGAUGGUUGGGAAUAUCACUGGUAUGAAAACUCAAAGCGAACACAACCUCCUUCCACAGAUCCAACUUACAACAUCAGCUCAGCAUCUUUGUCUCACACCUUUUACUGCAAAGCAAAGAGAGGCGACUUCUCAGUGCACAGUGAGAAUGUAGAAGUGAACGUUAAAAAUCGUCCAACUGCUGUGCUGACUCUGGAGACUGAAUGGGGUGACAUCAUGGCUGGGAAUAUCCUGACACUGAAGUGUGAGAUCAUAGAUGAAAGAGAGUGGAACUACACCUGGUACGAAAAUGGACUGAAGCUGAAUGGGUCUUUAGAUAUCUACAAAGUAACAGCAACUGAAGAAACAAUUAAAAGUGAAUUCAAGUGCAAGGGAAUAAGGACAGAGAGACCACUGUACUCUGCUAUGAGUGAGGGCUUCAUAGCCAAUAAUACGGUGUUCAAAAGAAAAAUACUGCUGGCCAUAUCAGGAUGUCUCAUCUGUUGUAUUGUAAUCCUGAUUAUUGGAUGCGUCAUACUUAAAUGCACACGCAAAUCAGAGAAAAAAGAGACUUACAGAGUUACAGAGGACUUGUUUUUCUCAAUGGCAGACUCAAAGAACCAAACUGCUGCACCCAUGAAGGAGUACAUGGACAACAAACCAACAGACUCUGAGAUGAAAGAAUGUGAUGAAAAAGAACUGUUAAGUGAUUGUAUUUCAACUGUUCAUGUGGAUGGUGUGAUCAAAGAUGAAGAUGCACCAUCAACAGAGGCUAAUGGCCUAACAUCUUUUAAAGGAACCUGAAUCAUUUUAUCAGUAAUCAACAUCAAGAUGGAGUUUCUCUUUUUCACUGAGGCAGCUACAGUAAAUUACAUAUGUUAUCUAUAGCACAGCAACUGCUCAUUCAUGUACAUAAAGGAUAAAAAAAACAAUGUAAUGUAUGUUUGGGGCUUGAAAAAUUUGGAGCUUAUCUGUAGUGCUGUAAAUAUGUGAUUUGGAGAACAGAAUGUUGCCCAGUAGACGGCAGUGAUUGUACAGUGAGGAUGCAAUAGCAUUUCAGAUAUAAACAAUUACAAUUAUCAAAUGUAAGGAUUAAACAAAAUUGUAUCUGUAAAUACCUAGACUAUGCCGUUUAUUACUCCUAUGUUGGUUAUUCAGAGAUCAUUAUUUUAAAUAAAUAAAAUUAAAGAAGCCAUUUAUUUGUACUUUCGUUUUCCCACCAUGAUUGCAUAUUUUCAUUCAUAAGGUUCUGACUGUAAUAAUAUUGGCUUAACAGACUCAUCAUUGUUUUGUAAUUUUUGAUGUUUAUUUAAAAUAUCAAUUAAUACCUGUGCUCAUUGGAUGAUCAGUCUUCUGAAUAUUUUUUAUCAUUAUUUGGAUGAAUUCGUUAUACGUUUUGAAGUCCUUAUUCAUUCCUUUCUGAAUAAAUUAUUCUGCUUCGGGCACAUCCCUAAUAUUUAAUAGCUAAAAUACUACUUUCUUGCCAGAAAUGACUCAAAAUUAAAAAAAAGUGGGAAAAAAAACAUACAUUUAUACUAGGGCUGUCAAUUUAACGCGUUAAUUCAGUGCGAUUAAUUUGAUUAAAAAUUACGCAUGAAAAAAUUUACACAAUUAAUCGCAAUGCCCAACUGACAGUAAAAUUCAAGAUUGUAGUACCACCUGUUUACUCCAGAGGGCAGUGUGUUAAAUUUCAGCUGUAUGGCAACACGUAGUUUAUACAGUGAAGAAAACAACCAUCCAGCAGACAACACAAACAUGCGUUAUGUUCUUGUAUUCAAAACACUUGAUGGAGCGCAAGUCCAAACCUCAUGAUGUGUUCUAAGUAUUAAACUAUAUUUAACUUGACACAGUGACCUAAAAAUUUUAUGUUUAUGACGCAACGCACCCGAGACGCUACACAAGCAUGUCUGAUGCAGGUGUUCAUCAACGGGUCCUUAAACAAGCCCUCAUAAUAAAUCUUGAACUGUUUGACAAAUUUACUUGUGUAAUGGAUUGCUGUGAACUGUAUGCCAAUGAUUGGCUUAUGUUCAAUAAUACGGUAGUAAACAAUACAUUGUAUUCUAAAGCCACUUUUUGUAUUGUCUUAUCAAUGAUUAACUCAUCUGCCACAAGAAUGUAAUGCCUUUUAAUUAUCUGAAUAUUUUUGUAUUAUUUAUAUAUAUAUAUAUAUAUAUUAGUCAUUCCAGA